AUGAUUAAUGAGGCCAAGGAAGUUCUACAUCAGCAGUUCAAGGUCAAGGAUCUUGGUAAACUGAGAUACUUCUUAGUCAUAGAAAUCUUGAGAUCACAACAUGGUAUUUUGCUGAAUCAAAGAAAAUACACCUUGGAGUUGAUUUUAGAGUUAGGAUUGAGUGGAGGAAAUUCUGCAGUCACGCCAUUGGAGAUCAAUCAGAAGUUAACUUCAUUGGAGUAUGAUAAAGAAGCUAGAGUGCAGGGAGAUGAUCCUAUAGUUGACAUUACAGGAUAUCAAAAGCUCAUAGGAAAGCUUUUGUAUCUGAUAGUCACUCGACCAGAUAUAAGCUAUGCAGUACAGAAUCUUAGCCAAUUCAUGCAAGCUCCAAAGAAGUCUCACAUAGAUGCAGCUAUUAGAGUGGUCACAUAUCUGAAGGCAACACCUGGCAUGAGAGUCCUUAUGCACAUGGAAUCCACAGAGACACUGUUGGGAUUUUGUGAUUGA